AUACGUCUCUCGCAAGAAACCACUGUUUGCAGAAUUCAUCAGACCCUAAAUCCUCUAGGCUAUCUAGGAUCAAUAUGGAGAAAGUUGUCAGAUUUCAGGUUCUUUGCCCUCCUUUGAAAGGUGGUUUGCUGAGGGGUCGACAACAUUCCACUGUAAUGAACAUAAGGGCACAAACACGUUCUCGCGUGAGCAUAAAUCCAGUUAUAGGAUGGGAAAUUGUUACUUUUUCUGCAGUUGAGACUCUUGAGAAUGGUUCACCAUCUGUUGAUGCCUUACUUGCAAUGCUUCCUUACUUCCGUGACUUCAAGUGUGGACUGUAUGAAGUCUCGUUACUUGUUGAGGAAGAACAACGUAGCUGUUUGGCAGAGGACUUUCUGGUCCAGUGGAUGCAGCAGACUCUAACUUCAAUAGUUGUCUCUGAAUACAACACAUACAUUCGUGUUCAGAUCUUUGGAGGAAAUCACGGCGUUAGCAAUGCACUGUCUCUAAUCGUGACCAGUUUGAGGCAAAACGUUUUCAACUGAAAGUUGAAGAACAGUAUGAGAGGAUAUGAUGUGAACAUAGUAUCUGAGCAGGAGCAUAGUCAGUUUUUGGUCCUUUUUCUUGUUUUUUGAUUUGGUGUGUUAUCAUCUUCUUCUAUUGAUAGCUUUCUGUUUUGAUGGAACAUAUAAUUACGUUUCGUUGUUAUCUGUUUGGGUGUUCUUUUAGUCAUCAGUUGCACACUUGUAAUGCAAAAAGCAGGGCUUAAUACAAAGAUUCUUUAAAA